GGGCCAGUGUUGGAAAGAAAGAUGGCAGCUCUGUGAGGAAGUGCACAUGUGGCGUCACAGACACAAAAAACACUUUAUAUCUUUAUGUUGAGAUAGUUUAACCUUUUUAAAACCAACAACACUUUCCGCUGUGACUGAGAUUAUCUCUACGAAGAAGCGAAAAUGCAACACGACGACGUUAUCUGGGACAUUAUUGGAAACAAACAGUUCUGCUCCCACAAAGUCAAGACGAAGAGUCAGAACUUCUGUCGUAAUGAAUACAACGUCACAGGGUUGUGUAACCGCUCGGCCUGUCCACUCGCCAACAGUCAGUACGCCACCAUCAGAGAGGAGAAAGGUCAGAUUUUCCUCUACAUGAAGGUGAUUGAGAGAGCUGCUUUUCCUGCCAGGAUGUGGGAGAAGGUGAAGCUCAGUAAGAACUAUGAGAAAGCUCUGGAACAGAUAGACGAGAAUCUGAUUUACUGGCCUCGAUUCCUGCGACACAAAUGUAAACAGAGAUUCACCAAAAUCACCCAGUAUCUGAUCCGUAUGCGCAAACUGGUCCUCAAGAGACAGAGGAAGUUGGUUCCUCUGAGCAGGAAGGUGGAGCAGCGGGAGAAGAGGAAAGAGGAGAAAGCUCUGAUUGCUGCUCAGCUGGACAACGCCAUCGAGAAGGAGUUGCUGGAGAGACUCAAACAGGGAACGUACGGUGACAUCUACAAUUUCCCCGUCCACGCCUUCGACAAAGCUCUGGAUCAGCAGAAUGAAGAGAGCGAGUCAGAGUCCGAGUCUGAGGAGGAGGAAGAGGACGAGGAUGUUGGGAAGAGAGAGUUUGUGGCAGAAGAAGAAGUGGAGGAGAGUGACCUGAGCGACUUUGAGGACAUGAACAAGCUGAGGACGAGCAGCGACGAAGAGGAAGAGGAUGAGUCGAGUGACGAAGAUGAGGAGGAGAUGGAGGCGGAGACCAAGGCCUCUAAGAUAAAAGGCAAAUCUCCGGCCAACGGCGCAGUGGCGAGGAAGAAGCGGGCUUACGUGGAGAUCGAGUACGAGCAGGAGACGGAGCCUCAAUCCAAGAACAGAGCGACGUAACGACGACGACGAUUUCUAGCACAGACUCAGCGGAGGACUUGCUCCUGUACGUACCACCAACACACUCACAGGAAAAAAACAGUGACCCUCAGGUUGUUCUGUCCAUGUUUGGAGAGACACGUUACGUUUUCUUCUUUCUUCCAUGAGCGUUGUCGUUCGCUCAGAUCCUUGAACCAGCGUCCACUCGGAAUGAGAUUUGACCCAAAAAUGCUUUUUAACUUGGUUUCUUUUCCUUUGGAUCUGAAUAAUUAAAUGACAAAAUGUUUGAAGUCGCAAGAACGCAAUGGAAGCAAGACUCGUGUCUCAGCUGGAAUCCUGAUUAUGUUUCAAUAUAACAAUAAUAAUCCUUUUAUUAUUAUAAUAAUAAAAUCUUAAUGGACAUUUUA